AUGCCAAACUUUACAAAGGGCUACUUGAAAAACGACGUAUUUUUUCAAUUCCUAUCGAGACUGUACGUCUCUCUUGAUGAUGUCCGUGAUCGAAUUCUGGGUAUCAGGCCUCUUCUGUCUCUUCGCGAGGUAUUUUCUGAAGUUCAUCGCGAAGAAAGUCGCCGCGAAGAAAGUCGCCACUCUCUGAUGCUUCCUCUACCCGUUGAAAGGUCUUUCUUAAAUACACAUUCAUCUGGUGACACCCAUGUCAAGAAAGGUCAUCCCUGGUGUGAUCAUUGUCGGACACCUGGUCAUGUUCAUGAUAAAUGUUGGAAGCUCCAUGGCCGUCCAGCCAACUGGACUCCAUCCAAAUCCUCCUCUAGGCCAUCUCAUGGUAACUUUGUUGUAACGACAUUGAAGGGUGGUUCCUUUUCUCGUCAACACUUGGACGAUCUACGACAGAUGUUUGGUCAUUUACAGAUUCCUCCUGCUACUGAGUCAAAGUAUCUCUGCACUGUUAGUGAAGGUAGUUCACCUUUUACUUUCUUAUCCCCUUCACCAGGGUGUGUCUCUUGGAUUAUUGAUUCCGGAGCAAGUGAUCAUAUGACGGGCAAUUUCAGUUUAUUUUCCACAUUUCACAAAAACGAUAUCUCAUGCAGUGUUCGAACUGCUGAUGGCUCCCUAUCACCGGUUAAGGGUAGUGGCUCAAUUCGCAUUAAUAGCCACAUCACUCUGUCUAAUGUUCUAUUUGUUCCAAGUUUGACUUGCAAUCUUCUUUCGAUUAGCAAAUUAUCUACAGAUCUGGGUUGUACUUCUCAUUUUACUCGUGAUUAUUGUGAAUUUCAGGAUUUGACAUCGGGUAUGGUGAUUGGCAAUGCUAGGCGUUGUGGUGGACUUUACAUCAUUGACGCUCCUCCUUAUACUCUCAUUCCCAACCACUCACCUGCACCAUUUAUCUCUUCUUUUGUUUCAGUUUCUCCCACAGAUGCGGCUGCCGACAUUGUGUUAUACAAAGGAAAUAGUGACCAAAGUAAGUUAGAUGUGGUAAUUGAGACUAGUGAGUUACCAAUUGCUCAAAGAAAGGGAGUUAGACGAUGUACAACUCAUCAUAUUAGUAAAUUUGCUGCUUAUGGGAAACUAAUGUCUGGUUUUAAGACUUUCAUAGCUAAAGUUGAUCAUAUUCAUAUUCUGGAAACCAUAGAGGAGACAUUAAAAAGUCAUGGAUGGAAGAAGGCAGUUGAAGAAGAAAUUUCAGCUGUAGAAAACAACAAAACCCUGGGUCAUUGUUGA